AUGGCGACAGCAUCAGUGUACAAAGCAUCUGACCAGGUUUAUGACUACAUUUGUUCCAAGUGUGAGGAACAUGACUUAAAUGCUGAAGCCAAGCACUUCUGUCCAGAGUGUGAACACUAUCUGAGUGACAAGUGUGUGACAUUACACAAUGGAUACCAUAGCAAGCAUACUGUGUAUGGGCGUGGAGACAUUCAGAAGUGGAUUGGGUUUUUCAUGGACAGAUGUGACCAACAUGGCAACAAGCUGGAGGUCCACUGUGAUCACCAUCAGGAACUCAACGACAGGCAGUGUAGCAGUAUCAGUCACCUGCCUGACCUCGCCAGAGGCUUCCUUGAAACAAAUGAGUUCAAGCAGCUGCAAUCAUCAGUGGACAAGAUGAGGAGGAGGCUGUACAGGGUGAAGAAUGCCAGGAUGAAAGACCACAUCGCACUGAAGGACUUCAACUAGAAAAUAAUGGAUCAAAUCAAGGCUUUACGCAGAGAGAUAAACAACAUCUUAGACCAGCUUGAGAAGAAGACAGUUGAACAGUUGGAUAGCAUGGUGAAUAAUUUAGAGAAGUCAGUGAAAGAUGAUAUUGAAACAUGUACGCAGAUGUAUGACCAGCUGAAGACCAUGAUGGAACAAGUCCGACAGAUGUCAGGCAACCACAAGGAAACCAAUUCCUAUAUUGGGUACAAAAGGUGCCAGAGUCAGAUGACAAAAGGUAACAGUGUGAUUCAAGAGAUUGAAGCAAGACCAAAGGAAAGAGUAUUGUUACUCCCCAAGAUCCAGAUUGAAACUUUCCUCAAUGAAAUGGACAAUUUAGGAAACACUGACAAAGUUCAUGUGUACAGCUAUCAUAGUUUAAAAAGUGUUUAUGUAAAGAUUAAAUGUGAUAAGUGUAACUGCUAUAUUGACAGUGUCUGUGAGAUGCUGAAUGGAGACAUUGUCAUUGCAGACUGUAACAAUAAGAGAGUGAAGCUUCUGAACAGCCAAUACCAGGUCAUUGAUCACUGUGAUCUUCCUGGUCCUCCACAACAUUUCUGUCAUACUGUAGGCAAUGAAAUAGCUGUUGCUGCUAGAAAAGAAGUCCACUUUCUAAAGGUGACCAGUGGGAGGCUACAGAAAGUGAGAAAGUUCUCCACCGACCAUGACUGCUUCUCCAUUGCUGACUUUAAGGACGAGUUGUAUGUAGGCUCGAAAACUGCCCUCUACUGGUACACUAUGAAUGGAGAACUUGUGGAAAAGAUUUAUCAAGACAAGUAUGGUGACUCCACAGUGUACAGUUGUGCUGUUAGUCCUGAUGGGGAGAGAAUUUAUGUAACAAAUUACUCUGCUCAUAGAUUGCUUACACUUGAUAAAAGUGGUCAAGUACUUUUCACAUUUGAAGAUCCAGAACUUAAAUGUCCCACUGGAGUAUGUGUCAGUCCCAGCAUCCAUGUGUUUGUGUGUGGACAGGAGUCUCACACUGUGUUACAGGUAGACAGGGAGGGGACACAGAAGCUGGCCACAGUGGUCAGGAAGGCUGAUGGCUUGUUGAGACCUCCUUCGGUGUGCUUCAUUGAAAAAACCUCCAGUCUCCUUGUUGGAUCCUAUGACUCAAUCAUUGUGUUCAAGUUGUGUUAAACAAUAGACUUACAAUUUGGAAGACUUUGGAUUGGUCUGUUCAAGUCUCUUCCUUGUAGCUUAAUUUAUCAAUGAAAUAUGGAGAGUUGAUAGGAAGGCCCACUUAACUUUGUGUUAGCCAAAGUUAUGUGAACACAUAAUUAUAGCCUCAUGUUUAUACAUAGUGAAAACAGCAUACUUGUUUUCAAGUUGUAUUGAACCAUUUACUUAUGGAUUUAAAGAGUUGAUAACAAAUUGUUUUGCUCUGUUAUAGGUUAUAGAAUGAAACUUGCAAGAGGCAUAGCUCCCCAUAGGCCUUGUAAUCCGCUGCCUUCAAUUUAAAAAAAAAUAAUAAAAAAAUGCCUAAGUAAUGAUAAAAUUUUGCCCCAUGACCAAUCUAGAACUCCCCCACCCACCCAUUCUUUUCAACCAAAGGUAUUUACUUGGAGAUAUUGAGUUAAUGAAAGCAAAUUGGUGCGAGCCUAUUAUUUAAUUGAAUUAAUUUAACCUCAUUAUUGGGACCUGCAAAGUUAAAACCACCAUUUGCUUUCUUCUUGUUAUGUUUGUAGUGCUGCAAUAAUUUAGACAUGCAGGGUAAACACAUAAAACAUUUAUAUAAAAGCAUGUAUAUUAAAUGUUCAUCAUAACUGUUGCUUAGUAUAGUACUUGAUAAAAUCAUAAUCACAUUGCUUUGGGUCUCUUAAUUCAACAAAAUAAGUAAAAACAAGGUAUUAGAGUACAUCUUAGAUCAGGUUUGAAUAUAUGGGUCUUAGAGGGUACAAAAGUAGUUGACUAGGUAAGGUAAUAGAUAAAUCUUGUUAACACUUUUGAGGCCUUAUUCUAUAUAUAUAUUACCCAAUCUCUUAGUUAUCCUUGUCAAAACGAAGUUUAAAUUACUGUAAAUCUCUGUAUAGGACGCAUUUUUUCGCCUGGUAUCAUUUUUUAGCAUGGUGAGCUAUUGUGAUCGCCCUGUGUCCCUCGUCCAUCGUCGUUGUCCGUCGUCAACAAUUUGACUGUUAACACUCUAGAGGUCACAAUUUGGGCACUAUCUUAAUGAAUCUUGUUCAGAAUGUUACCCUCAAUAAAAUCUUGCAUGAGUUCGAUAUUGGGUCAUCUGGGGUUAAAAACUAGGUCAUCAGGUCAAAUUUAAGGAAAAGCUUGUUAACAUCAUAGAGGUCACAUUUAUGACUGUAUCUUCAGGAAACUUGGUCAGAAUGUUAAUAUUAAUACUCUCUAGGUCAAGUAUGAUUCUGGGUCAUGUGCAGUCAAAAACUAGGUCACCAGGUCAAAUUUAAGCUUGUUACCACUCUAGAGGUCACAUUUAUAAAUGUUUCUUUAUGAAAGUUGGUCAGAAUGUUUAUAUUAAUAAUCUCUAAGUCAAGUUUAAAUCUGGGCCAUGUGCGGUCAAAAUCUAGGUCAUUAGGUCAAAUCAUAGGAAAAGCUUGUUAGCACUCUAGAGGUCCGAUUUAUGACUGUAUGUCCAUGAAACUUAGUCAGAAUGUUUAUAUUGAUUAGCUCUAGGCCAAGUUUGAAUCUGGGUCAUGUGCGGUCAAAAACUAGGUCACCAGGUCAAAUAAUAGGAAAAGUAUUUUAAUACUCUAGAGGCCACAUUUAUGACCAUAUGUUCAUGGAGCUUGAUCAGAAUGUUAUUGUUGAUGAUCUUUAUUGGAUCAGGUGAGCAAUUUAGGGCCUUCAGGGCCCUCUUGUUUAAAUUAAAUUUCAGGCCGACUUUGGUUCUCUAGAUAAAUAAAUUGGGAAAAAUGA